ACUCAUCAUAAGAAUGAUUUUUCAUUAAUAUUGUUCAAUUUGUCUUUGAGAUUUCAUCAAGUUGUCAUAAAUAUAGAUGAUUAAGUGAUUAUUGUAAUAAUGUUUCCUCAUUGUUGAGAUGGUUUUUGUUCUUGAGUUUAAUUGAUUUGGUUCGUGAGUUGAUCAAAAUGAAAGGAAAAACAGUCGGAGGUGAUGAUCCUCCUUCUGAAAGGAAUCAAUCAGGUGAACAGCCGAUUGUUUCUCACCUUAAUUUAACAUGUAAACCUUUAAUUCGUUCUAAUUUGAUUAGAUCAGGAUCACUUCUAAUUUCCAGUGUGUUAAUUAUCUUUAUUGGUAUAGUGUAUAUUCAAAUAUCGUUUGAUAAAAGUGACAGUUUAUCAUCAAACGGUAGGUCAAGUUUGCCAACCAAAACAACAACAACAACAACAUCUUCAUCUUCAUCUUCAUCAGGGAAACAUAAACCAGCUUCAAAUAAACCUCCAUCUGAUCCUUCACCUUCAACCUUUCCUGGAUUUUCCUCUUCUUUAUCAUCAUCAUCAUCAUCAUCAUCAUCUUUUAAUUCUAAUAAGAAAACUUUCCUCGAUAAUUUAAAGACCCAAAGCUUAGAUGAUUUCAUCCCGUUAGAUUCAAACUCAAAUAAAGUGACUGUCGGUGACAUCGAUACCUUUAAUAAUAUUCAUCUUUGGCCUCGUCUUGAUUCAAUCUCUCAGAUGGGUUAUUUUCGUUAUGUCAAACUCAAUCUCAAUCGUCCUUGUACUUUAUGGUCCGAUGAUACACGAUGUGCCUUAAGAGAUUGUACAAUCAAAUUCUGUGAGGCAUCAGCUUUACCUCCAGAGUUAAUUGAAGAUGAGCACCACUCAAAAGAGGAGAACCAAAAUUGUACAGCAACACAAAAAUUAUCCGAAGUUGAUCGAACCGUUUCAUUUGAACAUAUUGAAACAAUGAAUUCACUAUUUGAAUGUUACGAACACGAUCAAGAAGAUGGUCAGUAUAUUGAUCUAUCAUUGAAUCCCGAAAGAUACACUGGUUAUAAAGGUGAAUCGGCUCAUCGGAUUUGGAGGUCAAUCUACGAGGAAAAUUGUUUCCUCAAAGCUCAACAAAAAUCUCCAUUCUCAGUGGACAAUAUGUGCUAUGAAGAACGAGUCUUCUAUCGGGCGAUUUCGGGUCUACAUUCAUCGAUAAACAUUCAUUUAAGUUCAGCGUUUCUAUUCAUGGAUGGUACUUUUACCUACAAUAAACAAGAAUUUGUCAAACGUUUUGAAGGUCGUGAUGAAUUUAUCCGAAAUUUGUACUUCCUUUACCUUCUCGAACUACGAGCGUUACAUAAGAUUGAAAAUUAUCUUCUAACCAAAGUGAAUUGGUUGUCCAGUGGUGAUCAAAGUGCCACUCGUGAAGCAAUUAAAAGUCUUCUCAAAAUAGUCAAAUCAUUUAAAUGGCAUUUUAAUGAAUCAAUCAUGUUUUCCCAAGAACCCGCAGUGGCUCAGGAGUUUGCUCGACAUUUUCACAAUAUAACCACGAAUAUAAUGGAUUGUGUCGGCUGCGACAAAUGUAAAUUAUGGGGUAAAGUGCAAAUCCACGGACUGGGAACCGCCUUCAAGAUUUUAAUCAACGAAGAUGUUGAUAAGAUUCACCUUCAUCGCCAUGAAAUAAUUACUCUAAUCAACGCAUUAACCAGACACUCAACAAGCAUAAACAAUUUGGAAACUUUUAACAAAUUGCUUAAAAGUUGACGAUAAUUAGCAAUAUAUUUAUUAAUUUUUCAUUCAA